AUGGAGUCGCCGGCCCCUCGCUCUCUAUGCUCGUCCGCGUCGUCGCUGCACUCCGCCGUGGGGGAUAGCGACAUGGAAGCCCACGCCGUCCGCCCAUCUGCUCCUUCGCGACCGGAGACACCACGAGCUGUGCCUCUGUCCGCGGAAAGCGAGCCUAAGAGGAGGUCGCUAUCCUUCUCUGCGUUUGAGCGGCCUUCGGCUAUGGACACGGACGCGCAAACAACCAAAGCCCCCAUCCGUCGACCGCGUAGCCCGGAAGAGGACACCGAGGCUAAGCGCGUCAAGCUGUCCGCGCCCGCGGGAGGAACCUGGGCCUGGAAAGUGGGCCUGAUCCCCAAAACAGGCCCGCCAAAGACAAUCGCGCAACCCAACACCGUCGGCGACUCGGCCCCAGCCACACUAAUGGCCGCAGCCAACCCGGGUCACCACAACCAGAAGGCCAAAAAAAAUCGGAGGCACCGCAACAAAAGGGCCGCGACAGCUGAGACGGCAAGAUCCCUCCGCAACCAAAGCGGGAGAGGAGGAGCCGAAGAAGGACCCUGA